CCUUCUCCCCCAUUACCCUCCCUCUUUCAUUCGCCCCACCCACCCCUCUGUGGGGCCGGGCUCUGCCUGAUUGGGAGGUGGGGGACGGGACUGAUAAAUCAGCCCCGGGCGGCGGCCCAACCCCGCCACCUCCAAUGUUGAACCUGCAGAUCGCCCUCCUGCGCUGGGCCGCCUUCCUGGCGCCUCCGGCUGUGCGGGAAGCCCUGGCUCCCGCUCCGGGCUACUGGCUCUUCACCCCGACUCACAGGCCAUACCCACGCGGGCGACCUCACGACGCGGCCCCGCCCUGCGCUCCUCCCCCGGCCGAUGCUCGGCCUCCGGCUGAAGCCUGUGGUCCGUCCUCGGCGCUGAAGCGGGCUGGCGGGCCGCUGAUGGACGGGACGUUGUGCACCAACACACUCUCUUCCUCCGGGGAGACCGUACCGCCAUCUCCACUCGUCCUGAUCCAGGUGGCAGCAGCCGAGGAGGAGCCCGCGGCCCAGCCUUCUGCAGGCAGCGGCACCGACCAGGAGGCGAGCCCGGGGCCCAAAAACAGUGGAGCAGAUGAUGAUGUGGGAGCCGAGUGGAGACCCCCUGACCCUGAGUUGGUGCAGAAACUUGUUGCUCAGAUUGAAUAUUAUCUCUCUGACGACUAUCUGAAAAAUGAUGCGUUUCUACUAAAGCAUGUGAGGAGAAAUAAGAUGGGCUAUGUCAGUGUUAAACUUCUGACAUCUUUCAAAAAGGUAAAACAUCUCACUCGUGACUGGCAAACAACUGCUUUCGCUCUAAGGAACUCGGAGCUUCUGGAACUAAAUGAAGAAGGUAAAAAAGUGAGAAGGAAGUCAGCUGUUCCAGUUUUCCCAAGCGAACAUCUUCCGAGUCGGAUGCUGCUGGUGUAUGAUAUGCAUUUGUGUCCAGAAUUUCAAGUUUUAAAUCCUAAUUCAGAAUGUGAAACUGCUGGCCUACAAGAGAGAAUAAUGGAGCAUGUGCUGAAGGCAUUUGGUGUGUUCGGUCCAGUCGUCUCUGUUCGGGUACUGAAAUCGGGGAAGGAGCUUCCUGCAGAUGUGAAAAGAUUGAGCAAUCGCUACUCUCAGCUGGGAACGAAAGAUUGUGUAAUUGUAGAGUUUGAAGAUGUUGAAUCGGCAAUCAAGGCACACGAGUCACUCGGGAAAAUGGAAGAAAAGGGGAUGAAAGUGGUGCUAAUAGGGAUGAAGCCGCCAAAGAAGAAAGUAGUCAGAGAGAAGAACAGAGAGGCUGAAGAUGUUAGCAAAAAUGAGGCGAAGAGCGGCUCCGCCAAUAAGCGAGUGGAGGAGCUGCAGUUCAUGUGUGAAGAUUGCUCAGCAUGCAGCUCUUCUGAACCGGAGAGUAACCCUGCAUCUCCUAUGCUUGGCCGCAAGUCUCACCUCAAUAAUCAACUGAUCCCCGGUACCUAUAAGAACAAUCACUUGAGUCCUAACGCUUCUCCCCGAGUGAGCCCGUGGAGCAGCCCGCGCUCCAGCCCAUCACUGCAGCGGAAAGAUCCAGCUCUGCACAAGUCCCCACUUGUGGCCAAUGCUAAGCUCGGUGGUGCUGUAAAUACUGAGGCUGUGAGUAAGUGGACUGACUAUUCAUCAGACAGCAGCACCACACCAUCAGGCAGCCCCUGGGUACAAAGGCGGAAACAAGCACAGGGGAUAUCGCAUGAGAAUACUCCAGUCGGCAGCCCCAUGCUUUCCAGAAAAAUGCACAACUCGGCUGGGCUGCCUGCUGGAGUGAUCCGAAUGCCCAGGGGACCAGAUGGUACAAAAGGAUUCCAACCUCUUGCAGAGAGGAGCAAGCCACUUGUAAUCUGAGGGCUUUUCACUUUUGUAAUCUACCUAGUUAUCCUUUGGAAUUGUGUUGGACUUGGUACAUGGUAAAUUGAAAUUAUUUCAGUUAAACCAGAUAUAAUGUAAUUUAAAUGCAUCCCUUUUACUCUGUUCUGUUAGUAUUUCAUGUAACUGCAGAAGUAAACUGCGUUUUUUUUUAAUUUCAAGUAUUUUGGGUGAAAUAUCCUACUUUUUUUAUUUUAGAGCCAUUGUUUACAAGUAGACAUUAUCCUAACCCAUUGCCAACCUGCCAGUGCUAUGAAAAUAGAGCUGGUUGUCGGGGGUCCUGGAGUUAUGAGAUUGUGACCAAAGGUGUAGGGAACAAUGUUGUCCAGUGAUGAGCCGAGAUUCGCACUUGGACGAAAAGUUGGUGUAUAUUGCUGUCAUGUAAAUAAAUGCAGAUUAAGCAUUCUUGUUUCAUAGUGACUGAUCCUUCUUCGGAAAAGAAUUUUCUCUAUUUUCCAGAGUAUAUUCCUCCUGAAGUACUUGCCCAGAAGGUUCUGCCUUGUGCAAGCCGAGGGGUGAAUGAGAACUGCUGGCCUGCCUAACAUUGUCAAGUUACAGUCUGAUCACAAGGUGUUGUACCUCUAGAAUAGAGCUCCUGAAUGCUUGAACUUUCCUGGGGCACCUGUGCUCGAGUAGAUUAUGGUAUGUUUAUUUAUUUUUGUUUGCAUGUUAAAUUGUGUUGUUACCACUAGAAAUCAACAGCAAACUUUUUUUUUCAUAUUUUUACCUUUUCUUUCACGGUAGUGCCCUAACCUUUAAAAGUCCCAUUGCCAUUAGACACAUAAAGUGCUGGAUUAAAUAGCUGAAAGCUGGAGAAGCCAAACUAGCAGACUGAUUCAUUCUGUAAGGUUUGACUGCUGGAGGCAGUUACUGUGAUGAUCUUGUACCUCAAAGUAGCCAGUACAGUAAUUGGAAGCUCACUAUUUGGGAAAGCAACUGCUGCUGUUACAUUUGACACUUCUAGAACAUAGAAUAGCAUAGCCACAAUGUUGUACUGCCUUUUUAACCUACUCCAAGAUCAGUGUAAGCCUUCCCUCCUCCAUAACCCUCCAUUUUUCUAUCAUCCAUGUGCCUAUUUAACAGUCUUUUAAAUGUCAGUAACGUGUCUGCCUCUACCACCUCCCCUGGCAGCUAGUGGGGAAUUCUCUCAUUCCAGCAAAGGGAUAAGACCACAAUUAGUUGAUUCCUCACUCCUUUUCCGGGACGAGAGCUGAGACUGUGCUGCUGCUUUCUCGAGGUGGGCAUGAGGGCCACUGUAGGAAAACACUACUGCUUUAUUUCCUGUGAUUGCCAUCCUCAGAACAGAUCAGCUCGGCAAGCCAUCCUGAAGCCAAUAGAUGCUGCAGUCUGGAAUAAUAUCAACAUUCCCCUCUCUCAACACCCCAUUCUGGACAAUUAAUGCAGGUUAUCUACAAUCUGGAGAGAGCACAAAGUACUGUACGAUGCAGCAAGUCAGUCAGUAUCUACUGAGAGAAAUGGACAACUCACUUUUCAGGUUGAGAUGUCUUAGCUGGACUGAAAGAAAGAAGAGAUAGCCAGUAUAAAAAGGUGGAGGGAAGGGAUGGAACAAGAGCAGGAAGGUGGGGAGGGCAAUGGAGAGUGGAAAAGCAGUAGCUGUGUCAGGAUAACUCACAACAAAGACUAACAAAUAUCAGUGUGUCAUAAAAAGAACAGAUCGUGCAAAUAAUAAAAGAAGUAAUUAAAUAAUAGACAAAACAUGAAGCGCGGAGACCCUGAAAGUGAGGCAUCGUCACAAAGCCAGUUCAGUGCUGAGACGAGUGAAGCUGGUCCCAGAACCCGUUGCAUCAUCUGCAGCCCCUUGUUGCCUCCACUAGCUCAUCACUUUGCCUACCCCACCUAACUCAAUGUGGCAAAUAAUCCAUCAGCAAGCUAGAUGUACCCAUUUCCCCCUCACCUGGCCGACUUGCCUUUCAGUCCAGUGCUCAAUAGAACCAUAGAAACUACAGCACAGAAACAGGCCCUUUGGCCCUUCUUGGCUGUGCCGAACCAUUUUCUGCCUAGUCCCACUGACCUGCACACGGACCAUAUCCCUCCAUACACCUCCCAUCCAUGUAUCUGUCCAAUUUAUUCUUAAAUGUUAAAAAAGAACCCGCAUUUACCACCUCGUCUGGCAGCUCAUUCCAUACUCCCACCACUCUCUGUGUGAAGAAGCCCCCGCUAAUGUUCCCUUUAAACUUUU